AUGGAUUUUCUCCUGCGCAACUUAGAUUCUGAAUUAGUUCACAUCCGUGCUGUGUCUCCAGUACGAACCUUCAACCCAGAGGUUAACCGCGCACGAGAAUAUAUGGCGAUAUUGGCGCAGUUUGGCAUCUGCUGUGCGUGUACGGAGGUGGAAGGGCAGCCGCGCACUGGGUGGCCAGUGGACCUGUGUACUGGGUAUUUCCUCUGCUGGUAUCACCUGAAAAUGGGCCAUAGCUGCCACUUACUUUUCGCGCAGCAGUCGCGCAGCGUACCUGACGAGUCCGGUGAAGAAAUCCUGGUCAAUCGAAAGCGCAUCAAGAAGACAGGGCAACCACAAAGCAUCGGCCACACGGUUCAACGUCUGUGA